AUGGCUAAGUACUCCAGUUUGUUUUGCUUUCUUCUUUUCUUCUUUCACACCUGUUUUGCUCAAUUAGAAGGACCUCAACAGACUGUUUGGAGGGACCUUCAAGAGCAACAGCAACACAGGCUAAGGGCUAAAACCCCUUGCAACAUCCAGAGGAUUAAUGCUCAACAGCCCAACAUUCAGAUCCCCUCUGAAGCUGGAUUGACUGAGCUUUGGGAUUCUAACAAUCCCGAAUUCGAAUGCGCCGGCGUCGAAGUUGAGCGCAAGACAAUUCAGCCUCAGGGACUCUUGUUGCCUCAUUACAGCAAUGCUCCUAAGCUCUACUAUGUCCUCCAAGGCUAG